AUGCCGGCUUUGGACUUGAUAGAUCAUUCCCCACAGCAUCCAUCUCCUGCCGCACCUAUAUCGUCAGCUUCGAAUGUCUUCCUGCUAGACAACUACGAUUCGUUCACCUGGAAUGUCUACCAAUACCUUGUACUGGAAGGAGCUAACGUAACGGUCAUUCGCAACGAUGAAAUUUCUCUUGACGAGCUGAUUGCAAGAAAGCCCACCCAGCUUGUGGUCAGUCCAGGACCAGGCCAUCCGGAGACCGACGCUGGUAUCAGCAAGGAUGCGAUUCGCCACUUCGCGGGUGAGAUACCCGUUCUUGGUGUUUGCAUGGGCGAGCAAUGCAUCUACUCCGUUUUUGGUGGUGUCGUAGAGCAAACGGGUGAGAUUCUGCAUGGCAAGACGAGCCCUCUGCGGCAUGACGGCAAGGGUGUGUACCAUGGUCUGGCACAAGACCUUCCGGUGACGAGGUAUCACUCCUUGGCCGGAACGCAUCCCACGCUUCCGAGCUGUUUGGAAGUGUCUUCGUGGAUCGCUGCCGGUCCGGACGGUGGCAAAAGUGUCAUCAUGGGUGUGCGGCACAAAGAGCUUCUUGUUGAAGGUGUGCAGUUCCACCCUGAGAGCAUCCUGACUGCAGAAGGCCGUACCAUGCUCAAGAAUUUCCUGCGAAUGCAAGGCGGCACUUGGGCGGAGAACGAACGCUUGCAGAAGCACAACAAGCACGCUGCCACGAAUGGCGUAUCCGUACACACGAACGGUGCUUCUUCUACUGACGAUAAGAAGACAUCGAUCCUUGAGCGCAUCUACGCACACCGUAGGAUUGCCGUGGCGGCACAGAAACAUAUCCCCUCCCAGCGACCAGAAGAUCUGCAAGCAGCCUACGAGCUCGACCUUGCGCCACCACUCGUAUCCUUCCCCAACAGACUGCGACAGUCACCAUACAAGCUUUCGCUCAUGGCUGAGAUCAAGCGCGCAUCUCCAUCAAAGGGCAUCAUCUCUCUCUCGGCUUGUGCGCCAUCACAAGCACGCACAUACGCACUAGCUGGAGCGAGUGUCAUCUCCGUACUCACAGAACCCGAAUGGUUCAGGGGAAGCAUAGAUGACCUACGAUCAGUACGCCAAGCGUUGAGUGGCAUGCCUAACCGGCCUGCUGUGCUCCGCAAGGAGUUCGUGUUCGAGGAGUAUCAAAUUCUCGAAGCGCGGCUCGCCGGCGCUGACACCGUACUGCUAAUCGUGAAGAUGCUUGAUGUAGAAACGCUGACGCGGCUGUACAAGUACUCGCAAUCACUGGGCAUGGAACCUCUUGUGGAAGUCAAUACGGUGGAGGAGAUGGAGGUCGCAGUAAAGCUGGGAUCGAAAGUCAUCGGCGUCAACAACCGCAACCUCACGACGUUCGAUGUCGACAUGGACACAACUACCCGGCUUAUGACAAUGGUCAGCAAAGACACCAUCUUGUGCGCACUCAGCGGCAUUGCUGGGCCGCAGGACGUCAAGCCGUACCAGGAGAAUGGUGUUGGUGCUGUGCUUGUAGGUGAGGCGCUUAUGCGCGCGAAAGACACUGCAACCUUCAUCGCGCAGUUGCUUGGCAGUGGCGAGGCAGCAACAAAGUCAGCGGCGAAGCGGAAGUUACUUGUCAAGAUCUGUGGUACCAGAAGUGCCGAAGCCGCGAAGACAGCUAUCGAAGCUGGAGCUGACCUCAUUGGCAUGAUACUUGCAACACAUAGGAAGCGGUGUGUCAGCACAGAGACAGCAUUUCAAAUCUCGAAGGUCGUACAUCAGACGCCGAAGCGGUCCACAUCUUCGAGCAACAGUGAGACAGCCUCACAAGCAAAAGCCACCAGCUUCUUCAGGCACACUGGGGCACAUCACCUUCACCAUCCCAAACGCACCCUUCUCGUUGGCGUCUUCCAGAACCAGCCCCUCGAAUACAUUCUCGAGCAGCAAAAGCUGCUAGAUCUAGAUAUUGUACAGCUACACGGCUCCGAGCCGAUCGAGUGGGCAAGCCUCAUUCCCGUACCAGUCAUGCGAGCGUUUAAGCCUGGAGAAGCCGAGCUUGCCACGACAGGCUAUCAUGCAAUACCACUACUAGACUCCGGAGCGGGAGGAACAGGCCAGCAACUGGCGGUGAAGAACGUCAAGACUGUGUUGCAGCAGCAUGGUGGAUUGGAGGUGAUGCUUGCUGGCGGACUUACUCCAGCGAACGUGGCGGAGAUGGUACGGUCAUUGGGUGACAUGGCGGACCGUGUGACAGGUGUCGAUGUGAGUAGCGGUGUUGAGACGGAUGGAGAGCAAGAUCUGGAAAGCAUACGAAGGUUUAUUGCUGCUGCGAAGGAAGUAGAGUCUGGCACCUAG